CCGGCCCCGCCGGAGGCUGCUGGAGGCUCUCCGUGGGCGGGGCCGCUGGGAGCCGAGGCGUAGCGCCCCCCAGAGGGCCAGCGCCGGCUCUGCCUUCCCGGUCGGCUGGCGGGGACCACCGCUGAGCUUGCGAGAGAGCCUUUGCUUUUCCGCGUCGCUCUUUCACAGGCUCCGUCCCGUGGUCGGCAUGGCCCGUGGAAACCAACGAGAACUCGCCCGCCAAAAAAACAUGAAGAAAACUCAGGAAAUUAGCAAGGGGAAAAGAAAAGAGGAUAGCUUGACUACCUCUCAGAGAAAACAGAGGGACUCUGAGAUCAUGCAACAAAAGCAGAAGGCAUCUAAUGAGAAGAAAUCCAUGCAGACAAGAGAAAAAUGAUUUGGAAAACCUGAGUGCUACUGCCAACUGGGUGGAUCAUAAGCUCUAACAUUGAGAUUUUGUAGAGUGAACAGUCACUACGUAUAACCUAUCCUUAUAAAACUGUCUAUUUUAAACUUUA